CUCAACAGUACAACCAUGGGUGCCAAAGUUUGCGUAUGAAAGGAUUACCUUGAAGCAAGGAGGAAGAAGAAAGAGGAACAACGUAAAGAAAGUGAGGAAUUGAUAGAAGGUAACGACCACUCCCAGGAAUUUUUGGAGCAAAGUAAGAGAGGAUCAAAGAGCUUGAGUAGUGUUUUAUGCCAUACAAUGAGUUUUCGGACUGAGAAAGAAGAAUUUGUUUCUCAAGAUUACCUAAAUAAUGAAGAGAAAUAUGAGCUGUUCGAAGAAUUUAAGAAGGACAACGAGUCUUGGAGCGAUAAGGAAUCUUUUGCUAGCAAGAGUAUUCAGAAGCUAUUAUCAAUCCACAUUAAUGAAGAACCAAUCAAGAAUUAUUACAAGAUUGGCAGAGUUCUCGGAAGUGGGAAUUUUGCCGUAGUGAAACAUGGUGCUAGUCUAGCCAAUCCCUCCUUCAAAGUUGCGAUUAAGAUCUACAAACUUGACGGGAGUGAUAAUGAACUCCUAUCAAUUUUUAGGGAGAUCUCUGUCCACCAAAGCUUUGAUCACCCAAAUUUAGUUAAGAUACAUGAAGUGUUUAAGCAAGAUAAAAAGUUAUAUAUCGUCUGAGACCUUGUCAAAGGUAGAAGAUUGUACGAUUACAUACUUGAUAGUAAGAAAAUAUCUGAAGAAAAUGCCAAGAUUAUUGUGAAACAACUGCUUAAAGUCCUAGAGUAUAGUCAUUCAAAGAAUAUCAUGCAUCGAGAUUUAAAGCCGGAGAAUGUUAUUAUCGAACCCUCUACCCUACAAAUAAAAGUAAUUGACUUUGGUUCUUCAAGCUAUUUCUCCAACUCUAAUAAACUCAAGACCUGACUUGGAACUCCUUUCUACAUAGCACCAGAAGUUCUGGAGGGAGAAUAUACUCAAACUGCGGACAUCUGGAGUAUUGGAAUCAUAACAUAUCUGAUGCUAACAGGAUGUCCUCCUUUCCAAGAUGAGGAUUUUCAGAUUAUAUACCAAAAAAUUUUGAAUGAGCCUUUGUGCUUCUAUCGUGACCAAUGGCUAUAUCUAACCCAGAACGCAAUGAAAUUCGUCAAAGAACUUCUAGUCAAAGAUCCUCACAAGAGGAUCUCUCUCCAAGAUGCUCUUGCCCAUCCAUGGCUACAGAAUAUCCAAAGUCCAGAAUACUCAAUUCCCUUGGAGAUUUUCCAAAAAUUGACUAACAGGCCACCUCUGAAUAUUCUGAAGAGGGAAAUGCUGCUUUUGACAAAGUCUCAGCUCAACCCCAAAACAGUCCUGAAGUGGAAUACACUUUAUGAGAAGAUCUACUCCAAAAAUGCAGGGAUGGCUAGUUCUAAAAAAUUAGAAAAGAUUGCUAAAAACACCAAGGUAGUAAAAAUGGGAAGCAAUAAGGAUUCAACCGAUUUUGUUCUCAAAAUUUAUGACCGAAAUCAUAAAUUUAUAUCUUAUUCCGACUUUUUGGCAACUGUGAUCGACUUCCAGAGCGAUAUUCCGUAUUUUAGCAUGAAAUCUGUACUUAAGCAUAUGGGGCUAGGGUCUCAAGAAGAGAUUUCGUUGGAUGAUAUACAAAGAUAUCUCACUAGAAGAGGCUACCAAGACCAUUUUGAGAUGGUAAAAGCACUCCAAACCCAAAUUUUAGAAGAACUUACAGAUCAAGGGGAUAAUAGCUUGUUACAGCUUGAUAUGAUAUGUCAGGGCAGUCAGUCUGAAGAAAGUGGCAGUUGAAGCAAGAUGUAGAGAAAUGAAUGUUAAAUCAGUUAAACUGACUUCUAAAGAUGCCUUCUUGUUUAUAAAUUUACUUUUGUUAGUUAAUCUAAGCUUUAAAUAUGGCUAUUGAGAAUUUCUACCAAUUUUUGGACAUACUGAAAAUUUAUUGACAGCUGAUUGCUAAUUUUAAAUACUAUUGGAGAUGAUUAGGUUUGUAAUUCUUCAAAACUUCAUUACAUUCUCUUCACUAACCAAGAAGCAUUCAUUAUCAUUUCUCUCUUCUUACUACUCUUAAUCUCUAUAAGAUUAGUAUUCUGUG